GGGAUUUGAUUAUUUGGUGCCUUUCUCUUUCUAUCUUUCCUUAGCGUUAGGAUUUUCUCUCUCACUUCCUCUGUUUCUAUCUCUGCCAUGGUUAUAGUUUUCCAAAAGCAGAAAGGUAGAGGGCGAGGUGUGUCUUUUUAUAAAGUUGGUGGAAGAAUCAUUUAUUCAACAUGCUCAAUGAAUCACGAUGAAGUGUUUGUUGCAGAGUUAAAGGCAUUGGGGAUUGAUAAUAUCUUGGGCUUUGACUGGCCAGCAUCUCCAUCUCCUGAAGCAAUGAUCCGAGCACUAGAAGUUCUCUACUCUCUUGGGGUCUUGGAUGAUGAUGUUAAGCUUACUUCACCAACUGGAUUUCAAGUUGCAGAGAUUCCACUUGUAUAUUUUGGAUACCACUAAAAUCAUGUUUCAUGCAUUUGUUAUGUACUUCAUCUUAUUUUAUGUUUCUUCAUAUUUUCUAUUAUGCAUAGAUGCAA